AUGGCGGCCGUCGACCCGCCGGGAGCCGUGGAGCUUCUGCAGCUGGCGGAAAGUCUGCUCUGCCGGCUGCAGGAGAAUUUUCAGGCGCUGACGGAAAAGUUAACGCUGAGAAUGGAAGAAAUGGGUGAGUGCAUCAGGGACCUUGAGAAGCAUGUUGCUGACCUGAUGACAGAGGCUGGGGUAGAAAACAGCAAUGAAGAGUUGGGAGUAAAGACAUUUACUUAAAGUUUUUCUGUUUUUCUUAAAUGUUUCCACUUAAUUUUGAGUGAUGGACAAGUAAUGGUAUUCACAUAUUUAGUAUACCUGCAUUUUCUUGGAUUUGAAAAUGUACUUUUUAAAAACAUAUUUAAUAUACCUUGGAUUUUUCUUUUUUUUUUUGGGCCAAGAGCCAAAGAAUGCGACCACUUUUACAAAAGAAAAACUGCAUGUUGCUGCUUCUGUUUCAGCUACAUGCUACAUACAAAGGGGUAGUGCUAACUCACCCCAAGUGUGUAAACUGAGGCUAUCCAUUCAUAGUGAAACGUGUGUGGUUCGAAGUGCUCCUACCCACCAUUUGUGUCCCUCAGGUAUGCUAACCUAGCUGAGGAUUCUCACUGGUUUAAAUUUAUGUACCUCUGCUUUUAAACCUGCUACAGCUUCCCAGUGUGGCUUGGAUCACGCCUCUCACAUGCACUUAGCCAAACACAGUGGUAAAUUAUAGUCAAUCAUUUUAUAAUAUAAAAUCAUGCUACAUUUCAGGAUUGUGUUCUGGAUUUUAUAUUCGUCUGUUGCAAAUGCCAGCCCCCUCCCUGAUGGAUACCUGACUCUGUGUUCUAAGUAUUUAUAAGGCAAUAUUAUGCUUCCGUGUUCUGUGGAUGCAAAUGAUGUUGUCUUCCUGUUGUUGCACACUUUCCCGAUUCAAAUUGAGACACAUCAGUUAUUCUUGUCAUUGGAACUUCUUACCCCGUGAAAGACAGGAAUGUCUGUAAAUACUAAUUCAGGUCAUCUAUUCAUUCUGAUGCCUUUUGCACAAGGUACGCAAUAAUUUUCAGAAAUGCAGCAAGAAAACCCACAGAUGUAUUUAAAUGUACAGAGAUCUUCCAUCUGAUUCCAUGCUGAAUCACAUUCAUGAAUAAAUCAGUAGCCUACUUAUUCACUGUAUCUUUGCAGCACUGAGAUGAGGAUGAGUUUGCAGAAGAUUAAAGGCAGAACAGCAUAGCACUGACUGAGAUUUUACAAUCAAGUGUCACACUGACAAAAAAUGUUAAGGGAAAACAAAUGUGUUUGCAUCAUGUCAUAACAGAACCUUGAAAAAAAUAAUUUAAACCAUUGCC